AUGUUCUUCCCAGGGCCCAAGCAGAGUGUCUCCAUCUCAGAAGAAGAUUCUGUAGCCAUUGUCUCUUCUGGCAAACUUGACUGGGUAGCAAUGGCAGCGGAUCAGCUCCAGAUCCCGCUGGUCAGGAUGCUGGCAAAGGCCCAGUGCCAGACGGAGAAGGAGAAAGAAUGGGAGCAAGACUGCGGCACACGGGUCAGCUUAGCCCCCGCACGCUCUACACAAGAGUUUGCAGCUGUAGGUGAACUCCCUUGGGUGGUGUCAUUGCGGGAUCUCCAGGACAGCCAUGUGGCCUUUGGUUCCAUCCUGAGCAAACACUGGAUACUAAGCACAGCCUCCCAGUUCCAGAACAGGACCCAGGCCUUGGCCCUGCUUGGUGUCCCAGGCCUGAAGAGGCACUUGCUCCCCAUCAGCACCAUCAUCCAGCACGAGGCCUUUGACGAAGUCACCCUUGCCCACAAUGUUGCCCUCCUGAAGACAGCUGCCCCGCUCCACUUCGGCGAGACCGUGCAGCCCAUCUGCUUCCCCUACCAAAGUUUCCCUGUGACCACUCUGGAGAAUUGCUUGCUGGCAGGCUGGCUGCAUCCUCAUACAGGGGAGACAGGGAGCGGCUCUCUACGGAAGCUCCUGGUGGUGGAUGCUGACCCCUGUCCCCUGCACAGGAGCAUGGCCACAGAGUGCUGCAGCCACAGGGAAGGCGGCAACGUAUCAGGAUGCCUGGGAUACUCAGGCAACCCAGUCAUGUGCCAGGCAGUGGAAACGGGGCAGUGGGUCCUGAAGGGAGUGCUGAGUGAGGGUGGUACAAGAUGCUACGGGCCGUUCCUUUACACCAGGGUGUCCUAUUACAGUGACUGGGUUGUGACCACAACAGCAAAAUGGGGUGCUCCCGCCUCUCCCAUCCCUGGCAAGACGAGACAUGUGGGCUUCAGGGCUUCAACAGAGGAACUCCAAGAGAUCUUGGACUCCUUUUCAGGGGAGAGAGCACUGAACUCAGGCUCUACAGAAGACCACCCUGGCCCUAAACUUGCUGAACAGCAGCCCAAAGAAAGCAGCCAAGAACUCCCAGCAUGGCCAGCCAACGCACGGGCCCAGCCUGUGCCUAUCUACUAUGACUACUAUAGUGGGGAGGUGCUCCCCAUUUCUACAGCAGGGCCAGGCCAGGCUUGGGGUCUCGGAGGACUCGUCUCUGCAAGCCUCCUGCUCCAUCUUCUGACUUGCGUGAUGACAGGUUAA